AUGAAUAUUGAUAAAUUCAAGCAGGACAUUGAUGAACUUAUUGCUCAAUUCUCACAGGAUGAGUCAAAAACUUUGGCUGAUAUGAAGAGAGUAUGGAUUUCUAAGAAGUUUUCCUACAUUUAUGAUGCUAGUCCUUCUACCAACUUGGCCUUCUUUAUGCAGUCUCUAUAUGCUCAUUGUAUAGGUUACAUGGUUAGCACUAGUUCUUUAUCACAGAGAUUGGGUGGCCUUUAUUGCCUCUAUUGUCUUUAUGAGACUCAACCAUUCAAACCUCCUUUUAAGGUCUACAUAUCCCUUGGAGAGUUAAAGAAUCUUAGAACUCUUGUUGUUGAUGCAAAGGCAAAUGAUAUUAGUGUGGUGCCUGCUUUAGUCAAAAGAAUGCUGGAAAGAAACACAUUCCUCUUUGGUGCUGUGGACUUGGUGGAAAGUUCUGUCACAGAAACAGUAAAUCAACUCCAAAAUGUACAGAAGGCUCGUAUUCAGGUUGCAUACAAAAAGUUGUUCGAUAGCACGCCAAUUGAAACAUAUGUACGCAUGGACCUUGGAAUGGAAGUAGACCUCAAUUUGCUGAAGGAAAUGUCAGCUGAAUAUGCUGAGGCCAAGAAUGUAGCAAUUAAAGAAGCAAGCGGUAUAUUGGAUGUCCAAAAUAUAAAACACAUAUCAGAAGAUAAGGAAUUGAUAGGAGAUGUUGUGGAGAAGAUUGCCGAUGAUUGGAACGUCCAGAAACAAACAUUUUAUAAACAAACAGGAAUGGAGGAGGAUGACGGAUUUGUUGAGGAGCUGGAGCAAGUACUUCUUCUAGAGUAG